AUAGAUACUGUGAUAUUACGUAAACAAAAAUACAGUGGCAUUGUUAGAAGAAAGCGUUGAAGUCAAACAAAGAAACCGUUGAAAGAAAAUUGGGACAUAAAGUUGAAUGAAAAAGGAGCAAAGAAAAUAAAGUUGCUGAAGCCUGACAAAUUACGAUCAAAGAAUUAUUGCCCUUGUAACAAAGUGAAGUGUUAACAAAUAAAUAAGUGUUUCAAAACUAUUACGACAGAAAAACAGAAGUGACGUCAUGAGUUUCCCACCACACGGACCACCGCCGCCGCCGUACUACGGACCACCAGCCUGGCCUCCACCGCCUCAUCACCCCCAUCAUCCCCAUCAUCCCCAUCAUUCUCCCCCACACCAUCAUCCCCAUCAUCCUCCCCCACCCCAUGCCUACCCCUACCCAUCCGACCAUCAAGCGCCAUACCCAUACUUUGUACCCGGCACCAUUAUGGUACCUGUUCCCGUCACCCAAUCGGAGACUCAGAGUCAACCGACGUACAUCACCAACUACAUCUACCACGGGGAGUCUUCGAACCAGUCUUCCGCACCAGCGAUAGAGCCAACGGAAGUUCAAAUAGCCGAAACGGCGGGGGAUUUCGAAUGGAUCCACUCUACUGCCACUACAGCGAACUUGCUGUCAGGAAGAGCGGUGUUAGGCGGCCACGAGGGUUGGGACGGAAGCCCGCUAUGGGUGAUCAGGGCCUGGCACAACGGAGACCUGAUUCCUGGUAAACUGUCGGUGCGACAUAACGCUGCAUCGGUCAUGUUUAACGGGAAGGAGAUACCAGUUCAGAACAUAGAGGUUUUGUGCUCGAAACCCAACAAUUUGAGGUGGGUGCCUGCCUCCAAUGGAAACGUACCACCUGGGGCUAUUCCUGGGGGUAAGACCGCGUCUGGAGAGACCCUGUACAUCGGCAGGGCGAGGCAUCAGCUGUCCAUCACGCCGGGGAAGAUACAUCCAAGUCACGGUGCGUGCUACAUAGGAUUCGGCGGAGCGGAGGUGGCGCACAAAAUAUAUGACGUCCUGUGCAGAAUAAGCUAGUUGUCAAUAAAUGCGUUUGUU